AUGGAACAACCAUGUAAAGUAUGUACUGCGUUCAAAGAUUGGACAAAGCAAGAAAAAAAAAAACAGCGUGUUUCUACCAUCACAAAUGGUAACAUGAAUGAAACAAACUCUACCAAAGAUGAUGCCAACUCUUCUACUCCAACGUUGCCUCCGGAUUGUCCACCUGAUGUGGAACAACUUGGUCGAUCUACUUGGACAUUCUUGCAUACAAUGGCUGCCUAUUAUCCAGAAGUCCCAUCCUACGCACAACAGCGUUCAAUGAAAACUUUCUUAUCCGCUUUUUCACAAUUUUAUCCUUGUAAUAUUUGUGCUGAACAUUUAAGAGAAGAAAUGAAAUCAAAACCUCCAAAAGUUGAAAGCCGUUGGGCGUUAGGAAAUUGGUUAUGUGAAAUGCAUAAUAUAGUGAACGAAACAUUAGGUAAAGAUAUUUUUGAUUGUAGUAAAAUUGAUGAAAGAUGGAGAGAUGGUCCAAAAGAUGGUCGGUGUGAUUAG